UCGGAACGGACGCGGCUCUAGGCAGAGGCGGGCGCAGAGCCACGGCGCCUUUGGAGAGCCCGAAAGGGGCCCGUGGCGCAGUUGGCCGGCUGGAGGCUAGAAGCGGGCGUCGCUGCGCGGUGCCAGGUUUGCAAGGAAGGCAGUCGGGGGGCUUGCAAGCCCCGGGGAGGCAAGGGGUAGAGGAGUGAGUUAGGGGAGUUGAUCCUUCGCUGCUUUCCGCAGAAGCCCGUUUUGGAUGCUCCCAGUCCUUCCACUGCGUCUUUCCCCCAGAUGGACGGCUCUGUAAUGAUUUAAUGCAAACCCUCGCUGGUGGGAAAAGGCAGGCGACGAACCACUUUUUGCAAAAAGUUAUUUUAUGUAUUUUUAAAAAGUCAUGUGAACUCCGGCUUUAUUUAGAAACGAUGAGCUCUUUGCUCCGUUAAAGGAUGGGGGUGGGGGGUGGGGGUCAGAAGAUGUUAAAAGUCCCGGAGCAUGUUAAAAGUGCGAGAUGUUAAAAGCACAAGUCAGAAGAUGCUGAAAGCGCAAGAGCCGGGGGCUAGCUUAAGCAGCAUGGUGGGAAGCAGGAAGCUGAUGGCCUUCGGGGCGGUGCUGGGCUGGCUGCUGGUUGUCCACUUGCUAGUGAACGUUUGGCUGCUCUGCAUCCUCUCCGGCUUGUUGGCGGUGCUGGGCGGAUGGCUCGGUUCCCAGGCGGUGAUCGGAACCAGCAACCAAGUCCAUCUAGAGCGGUUCCUCCUCCCAGAAAGCUACCCCCCCAACCCAGAUGCAGAAAAACAGCUGGAUGAGGAGAUCGACAGCAUGAUAUGGAAAAUCAUCCGGGAUUUUGUGUCGUCUUGGUACCGAGCCGUGAGCAGCGAGCAGAGCUUUGAGCGUGAGGUUCAGAAGGCGAUGCUGGGUCUGGCCCAAGAGCUUAAGAGGAGGUUGGCCUUGGUAGACAAGCCAGCUUUGACCCAGAAGGUGCUCCUGCUUGGCGGUUGCCACCUGCAGACUUACAAGAAAGCCCGAGAAAAACUGGCAGCCGCGAGAAGCUCGGAUGACCCACUUCAAAGAGCCAGCCGGCUUUGGCACGAGUACUGUGAAUUGUCAGCCCCCCACAUUGCAGUUCAGAGCCCCGCCAAUGAGGUAGACUACGCCCGGCGCAUUGUGAGCCUGCUGCUGCGUGUGUUGGUGCCCAAGCCACACUUGGAAACGAGGACUGGGCGCUUUGUGGUGGUGGAGCUCGUGACGUGCAAUGUGCUCUUGCCCAUGAUCAACAAGAUGGCGGACCCCGACUGGCUCAACCUACUGCUGAUUGGGAUCUUCUCCAAAACUGGUGGGAAAGCAGCAGAAGGAAAAGAGGAGAAGGUAGGGUUGUCUCCGGUUCCGGCCAUUUCCCCAUCCCAGCCUGUGGUGCCCAGCUCAUUGCCGCUGCCGUUUCCAUUGGAAGCUAUCCCGGAGGUGCGGAUGUUGUCUCCGAGGGGCUCUGAAUCGUCAAUCUAUGAUACGAUGGAUGCUCUGGAGUAUCAUCAACUGGAAGGGAAAGAACUCAUCAGUAGAGAGCUCAGUGCAGACAUGAAUGGAAGGAGAGCCAGCAGCACAUCUGCGUCCUGCCUUCAGCCGGACCCUCUGGGGUCCUUUUUCCCCUGUGAGGACUUAGAAAUUGAGUCCCCCAUGUUGGACGUAGGAAGGGACUCUGGCUCCGUGGUCCUCAUGUCUGCAGAAGAAUUCCUCACAGACUCCCUCACUGCUAUGGAGGGCCCUGACCGCCUAGACCAGGACAAUGGUGUGGGAGUCAAAAACAGGUUCCUCGACGACGGUCCCGGCUGCAGCUCAGAAUCCCACUUCCGGAGCCCUUCCCUAAGCCCAUGCCCUGACAUCCAGAUUGAGCCAGCAGUGGAGAAGGAGGAGACCUUAGCUUCCCUGACAGCGCUUUUGGAGAGCUCACAGAAGUGUUUCUUGAGCCGACCGUCCUACUUGGACAAAGACUUGGUGUCUUCUGAAGGCCUGGCCCCCAGCCCUCAGGAUCUGCCGAGCUUGCUAUCUUCCUCUCCCACCGCUCCCAUGGGAACCUUCAGCUUUGAGCCACUAAGUAGCCCAGAUGGUCCCGUCAUCAUCCAGAACCUGAGAAUAACAGGCACCAUCACCGCCCGAGAGCACAGCGGAACAGGGUUCCACCCAUACACCUUGUAUACAGUCAAGUAUGAGACAACGUUAGAUAGUGAAAACACUAGCAGUCUCCAGCAGGUGGCGUACCAUACGGUGAACAGGCGAUAUCGAGAAUUCUUGAAUUUGCAAACUCGAUUGGAGGAGAAGCCGGAUCUCCGGAAAUUCAUUAAAAAUGUGAAAGGUCCAAAGAAGCUCUUUCCUGAACUUCCUUUUGGCAACAUGGAUACAGAGAAAGUGGAAGCCAGAAAAAGUCUCCUGGAGUCAUUCCUGAAGCAACUGUGUGCCAUCCCUGAGAUUACAAACAGUGAAGAGAUGCAGGAAUUCCUGGCCCUGAACACAGAUGCCAGGAUUGCGUUUGUAAAGAAGCCCUUUGUGGUGUCCAGGAUUGAUAAGAUUGUGAUGAACGCCAUUGUGGACACCCUAAAGACGGCCUUUCCCAGAUCUGAGCCUCAGAGCCCUACGGAAGAGCUAAGUGAGGCAGAAGUCGAUGGGAAGUCCCAGAAGGCUAAUAAGCCUAGGCUGAGGUUCACAUCUAGUAAAAUUGCUCCAGUUUUGAAUGUGGCUGGAACACAAGAGAAGGUCAUCUACUCCCUGAGGGACGGCACUUCUGCGGCUGAGGGUUUGUCCCUGGCGAGAAUGGAGUCCUUCAUUCAGAAGCAGGAGAAACUUCUGGAAGCAAUGCUUAAAGAAGGCCUGGAGAGUGAGGGAAAUGAAGCGCUCGGCUAUUCAGCCAAUCAAGACGUGAAUCCUACGGAGGAGUUGCGGCAGCCCGCUGAGGUCAGCGACGAUCCUGAAUCGGAGACUCCGCUGGCAGACAUUGCCCUGGACCUCCUUCGCCUGAUCAUGAUGGAUCAUUGGAGCUGGCUGUGCACGGAGAACAUGCAGAAAGUCCUCCACUUGCUCUUCGGGACUCUGAUCCAAAGGUGGUUAGAAGUGCAAGUCGAUAAUCUGACUUGCACUCAGCGCUGGGUCCAGUACCUCAGGUUGCUUCAGGAGUCAAUAUGGCCCGGGGGAAUCCUGCCGAGGGCUCCCAAACCGCUCAGGACAGAAGAACAGAAGGCAGAGGCAGAAAAGCAGGCCCUGCAGAUUCUCAUGGGGAUCUUGCCUGAAAUAAUCCUGGAAAUUCUUGGAUCUGGUAAAUGUCAACAAAGCUGGAACCUGGUGCUGGAAUCCAUGCAACAUCCCAUCAUAAACAGGCACAUGGUUUACUGUCUUGCAGACAUUCUACUUGAGUUUUUGAUUCCCGACCUCCAAGCAGAUAAACCCCAACAACACUAGUAGCUGCUGCUGUCUGUGAAGCUGCUAAGAGAGCUAACUCUGUGUCACACUAACUUGGACUGAUGCUGUGAACAGCCAAGGAGUAGAGAAUCCAAAAGCAUUACAUGUCCACUGGACUGAGCCAGGGGCUGUUACAGAAGGCUCGCGAGACAGAACUUCUUCCAGCGGUUGGUGAAUCCACUUGUGGUGCAACAGUCUUGUCUUGUACUGUAAAACAGUCUUCAUUCCAUAACUCAGGUGCAGUUCUGUGUUAGAAAAUGCCUCCUCUUUGAAGAGGUGAAUAAGCUGCUUAAUAGGACAAGAUCCCAUUGACAUUCCUGGAUAGGGGCAAUGUAACAUCCUGCAUGUCUUUUCCUGCUGUGGUUUGCUUGGGGAGUUGAACACUCAGUGUACAGAUAGAUAGGCAUUCCUUGUCGUGAUCUUUAUUGAGAUAAGUUUAUAAUUAAGAGGAGAAAGGCAGCGGUCACUGUUUAAUAAAUGAACUUGCCCUCCUGUCA